AUGGCUCCCAUGUCACGAUUUCGUGCGGACGAGUUUGGAGUUCCCCUACCCAUGGCGACUGAGUAUUAUUCCCAACGAGCCGCCCAAGAAGGGACCCUACUCAUCGCGGAGGCGACUUACAUAUCCCAAGCUGCCUCAGGUCGCUCUGUCAAUGCGCCUGGAAUCUUUACGAGGGCACAGAUAGCUGGAUGGAAAAAUAUCACAGAAGCUGUGCAUCGCAAGAACUCGUUCAUUUUCCUGCAACUGUGGGCAGUCGGCCGCGCAGGGCGCCAAGAAGCUGCGGAUGCAAUUGGGAUCGAUCUUAUUAGCAGCAGUGAAAUCCCGAUAAAUGAUGGGGAUGCAAUACCACGUGCAAUGACGGAAGUCGAAAUCGAGGCCUUCAUCGAAGCUUAUGGACUAGCAGCUCGAAAUGCCAUAGAAGCUGGGUUUGACGGUGUCGAGGUACACGCGGCUAAUGGGUACCUGAUCGACCAAUUCCUUCAGGACACUUGCAAUCAACGCACAGACAAAUGGGGUGGCAGUAUUAUUAACCGAGCUCGUUUCUGCCUCCGAAUUGUGGAAGAAGUCGUUGAACAAGUCGGCUCUGAUAGGACAGGACUCCGCCUUUCUCCAUUCAGUCCUUAUCAAGGAAUGGGCAUGGAAAACACGAUUCCUCAGUUCACUCAUCUAAUACGGAGCCUGCAGCCGUACAGCCUAGCAUAUCUUCACUUGGCGAGCCCAGUAAUCCAUGGCUUAUCUGCAAAUCUUCUGGAUUUUGCCAUUCAGGAGUGGGACAAAGACUCGCCUUUGAUCUUGAAUGGUGGAUACGGGCAAAAAGAGGCUAAAGACGCUCUAGAGGUGAUUCACAGCAAUCGCAAAGUGGCUAUCAGCUUUGGAAGGCACUUUUCGUCGAAUCCUGACCUUCCUUUCCGGCUGCAACAUGAAUUGGACUUGACUCCACCUUGUCCUCCAUCGUUCUAUGCGGCUAAAAAAGCGCACGGGUAUGUCAAUUACCCGUUCCAUGAAAAGUUUUCGACGACUACAACAGCCGACACCCUGAUUGAAACUGUUUGA